AUGACCCCACUAGUCCACGAAAGCAAGCACGUCGCAGUCGCAGUCAACACGCGGGGGACGGAUGAAGAAACGAAAGACGCAAGAGCGCGGACCGUCUCUGGACCUCUCGUCCGCUCCGUCCCAAGUCUGGAGUGGAGACAACCCCCCGAUCGUGGCCAGCCCACAUGGAUGGGAAACUUGGCAGCUCGAGCUCGGAUUCGUUCGCCGCCCGUCGAUGGUGCGGAGGCUAGCGGAGGGGUUGUGAAGGCCCAGCCCCGCCCGACCGAAAAGAAAGUUGCUCACCUCCCGUGGCUGGAGCUUGGAUGGGCCCGCCUCCGCCCGCCCUGCCCGCCAUCCGCGAAGGCCCGAGAGCCCCGUGGUCGUCCAUCACCGGUGCCCCGUCUGUCCGUACUCUUUUGCAUCCACUCCGGCCGUCCGAGUCCCCGGAAGAUCUCCGUUAUCGAGCUCCUGGUCCGGGCCGGAUUUUAG